AUGAUCCUUCCCACAAGCUCCCUUGCGGCGGUGGCCUGUGUCCUUCCGUUCGUUCUGGGCACUCCCCUCUCGUACGCGACGACCAACACAACCAACACUACGACCCCCGGUCCUGAUGCCGACGGCAAGUACUGGAUCUCCAGCGAACACCUCCGCGCCGCCUUUGUCCCCUACGGCGCUUCCAUAUCAGACCUCAUCGUCCGCGAUCGUAAUGGCGUGCCUCGGGACAUCGUCGCCGGCUGGGAUAACGCGACGUACUACACAGAGGAUCCCGUGCACCCAAACUUUGGCAAUGUUCCCGGCCGCUACGCCAACCGAAUCCGCAAUAGCACGUUUGAUAUUGACGGCGAGACGUUCCAUGUGAAGCCCAACGACAACAAGACACCCGAACACCCCGAGGGUCUCAACACGCUGCACGGCGGACCCGAUGGGUGGGGCUGGCGCAACUUCACUGUCGCCGCGCACACCAAGAACAGCAUCACCUUCUCGCUCGUCGACCCGGCUGGCAAAGAGGGCUUCCCCGGCGAGGUCAUCUCGUACGUGACGUACACCCUGCGCGGCUGGGACUGGGACAUCUCCAUGGUGGCCGUGUCGACCACGGCGCGCACGCCCAUCAUGUUGAGCAGCCACACGUACUGGAACCUCGACGGGUUCGCCAACGAGGAGACCAGCUCGGCCGACGACCACGUCCUGCACCUGCCCUACAGCGGGCAGCGGAUCGGGGUCGACGGCAUCCUCAUCCCCACGGGCGAGGUGCUCGCCAACGAAAAGGGGUCCGUUAAUGACUUUUGGUCUGCGCCGAAGCCCAUGGGCGCCAACGCCACGAGCGACGAGCUCGAGGGCAACUGCGGCACCGGUUGCACGGGCUAUGACAACUGCUACACCGUCAACCGCGAGGCGCUCGGGAACUACGACUGGCAGUCUUCGGGCUACGUCGCCCGCUUGUCGUCGCCGUGGUCUGGCAUCGCCGUCGAGGUCUUCUCGGAGCAGGAAGCGCUGCAGGUGUAUAGCUGCACGCAGCAGGACGGAACGAUCCCUCUCAAGAAGACGCAGGGCACCGACGCCUUCCCGCGCAUCAUCCCGCGGUACGGCUGCGUCGUUCUUGAGGUGCAGGAUUGGAUUGACGGUAUCAACCACCCCGAGUGGGGAAGGGAGAAGAGGCAAGUAUUUGGCCCGGAGGAUGGGCCCUAUGUCCUCCAGGCGCGGUACUCCUUUAGCGUGGACAAGGCGUGA